AUGGGCAGGAUUUCCGUUUUCAAAGAUGAUGUUUCUACUCAAUUGCUGCGAAGCAUUAUUGAAGGUUCAAAAAUUUCAAUCAUCAUCCCCUCUGAACACUAUGCUAGUUCCAGAAGGUGCCUUGAGGAACUCACAAAAAUCAUGGAGUUUCGCAGAGCAUAUGAUCAGGUGGUUCUUCCCAUAUUUCAUGGUGUGGAUCGGUCCGAAGUUCGUAAUCAAGAAUAUAGCUUUGGAAAAGCAUUUCAAGGUCUUAUACAAAGAAUUUCACCCACCGAAGAUGAAGUGUCAAGGUGGAGGACAGCUCUUAGUGAAGUUGGAGGCCAUUAUGGGGUUCUUGUGCCUUAUUUCAAUUCCAACAAUCAAAGUGAGUAUACUCAGCAUAUUGUCCAGUGUGUUCGUUAUAUAUUGAAUACAAAAGGCCCGUUUGCCACGGAUGGCCUAGUUGGAGUUCGUUCUCAAGUGCAAGAAGUGAUUAAAAUGCUCCAAGAUAACAAAACAAAAGAUGUUGUUUCCAUAGGGAAGCUUGGGAGAGGAAAGGCACAGAUUCUUUACUACAAAAUCUUCAUUCAGUUCUCAAUGAAGGAACAGAUACGGUGA